GUAUUUAGAAUAUUUUUGUUUAGCUGCUUGUAGUUUGCGGAAGACCGUAGUAAGCGAAUCAUUCCACCAAGAUUUUGGAGAGUAAGAAUCAGAGACUUGUAUUUUUGAUUUAGAGUUAUUGAUUUCGCGUUGAAAUGAGCUCCGGAUGGACUCAACUUGGGGCUCAGGACUUAUGUGCAUAAGAUUUUUUAAGAGAGAGAUAAAAUCAUUUAUCUUAAAUGAAGAAACAGGAUUUGCGCUAAAGAGAAUAGGAAGAUGGGGACUGUUUCCAAGAUAAGUAUCUUUUUUGACUUCCCGUUUAAACGUAAAAUUAGUUGAGUUGGUGAAGGUAAGGUCUAAAGCACUGGCACAACCAUUGCGAGUCGUAGAGUGCACGUAGGUCGGUAAAUCGCCGCCACUUGAUGUCCAAUAUACUGGUGAGAUGAAGAAGUAAGUCUUGUCGGUAUGAGGUUGAAGACACCAGGUGGUGCUGCGCACUGCGGAACGGCAAGGCACCAGAGAAAUGCUCCUGGUGACAAGUUGAUAAUUGAUCUUAACGCUAAAACAGGAACAUUUCCGAAGAUAAGAGACUCUGCAAACAAUUGUUUUGCGGAAGAUGAAAUAUUCCAUCCGAAUUUUAUUGGUGACGUCGAACAAAAACAAGAUAAGUGGAUACAUAAAUUGUUUUUAUAUCAUCACAACAUCUUGCCAACAGCGAAACGAAAUAUUGCGACAGUUACGUACAGCAACAGCACCGACCCAACACAGUCAACUUCCUAUGCCGUAUGGUACACACAUUUCCUUUAGAAAUUUCUUUGGAUAUCUGCAUACAGAAGUGUGAACAUG